AGGAAUCUUAAAUUCUUAAUAUGAUAAGUUGCUAACCUAGUUGAGGUAGUUAAAGUGUAUAACUAAUUAAAAGCCGCCAAAUCACACACUUCCCAAUACACUCACUCCCUAGUGAUCUCUCUCUCGAAAUCGCCGGAAAGUCUUGUCUUUCAACGAUUUCCGGUAGGUUUCCGGCGAGAUUAGAUCAGGACGAUGGCGUCGGAGGACGUGGUGGGAAAGACCGGCGAGACGGCGGUAACGAGAAUCGUGAAUCUCGCUGAGGAAGCGAAGAUAGCGCGGGAAGGAGUGAAAGCGCCGCGCGAGUUCGAUUGGCUUACUAUUACGAAGUCUCUGAUUGCCGGUGGAGUCGCCGGAGGCGUGUCUCGCACUGCUGUUGCUCCUCUAGAACGGUUGAAAAUUUUGCUACAGGUUCAGAACCCGCAUAGCAUAAAAUAUAAUGGAACAGUCCAGGGUUUGAAAUAUAUAUGGCGAACUGAGGGUUUUCGAGGAUUGUUCAAAGGCAAUGGCACUAAUUGCGCUCGCAUUGUGCCAAACUCCGCCGUUAAGUUUUAUAGCUACGAGGAAGCUUCCAAGGGAAUAUUGUGGCUCUAUAGGCGGCAAACUGGAAAUGAGGAUGCUGAACUUACUCCUCUUCUACGCCUUGGAGCAGGAGCAUGUGCUGGAAUAAUUGCUAUGUCGGCUACUUAUCCUAUGGACCUGGUACGAGGUCGGAUAACAGUCCAGUCAGGCAAUUCUCCAUGCCAGUAUAGAGGAAUCGCUCAUGCUCUUGCAACAGUUCUUCGUGAAGAAGGACCUCGUGCAUUAUACAAAGGAUGGCUUCCUUCUGUGAUUGGAGUUAUACCUUAUGUUGGCCUCAACUUUGCCGUGUAUGAAUCUCUGAAAGACUGGUUGGUCAAAUCCAGACCAUUUGGACUAGUGGACGACAGUGGGUUGGGUGUUACAACAAGGCUUGCAUGUGGUGCUGCAGCUGGAACUGUUGGCCAGACAGUUGCAUAUCCUCUUGAUGUUAUACGUAGAAGAAUGCAAAUGGUGGGCUGGAAGGAUGCUGCCUCAGUCGUUACUGGUGAUGGGAAGAACAAGGCGCAACUAGAAUACAACGGUAUGAUAGACACAUUCAGGAAAACAGUUCGGUACGAAGGGUUCGGAGCUUUAUACAAAGGGUUGGUUCCCAACUCGGUAAAGGUGGUUCCAUCAAUUGCAAUUGCAUUUGUGACUUACGAGAUAGUAAAGGACGUUCUUAAAGUUGAGAUGAGGAUAUCUGAUUGAAACCAAGGGAAAGUGCAGAUUAUAAUUUUUGAAGCAGAAAAGGAAGAAAGUAUAAAUUAAAUUCAGGGGGAAUCAUUUUUUGGCCGGAGUUUUCAAAUUAUUGGGGAAAUUAGAAGCCAGUGUUGAUAGUCCACCUCAUGUAUACUGAUCUUUUUCUAUAUGCCUUACAUUUAGCUUCAGUCAUUUAUUCACCAAUAAGGUUUUAUUGUGGAGUGAUUCACGAGAUUCUUAGUUAUUAGAAUUACUGUUAGUGUUUCAACCCUCAAUAUUUGUAUAACCAGUCGUAUAUGUUUAUCUUACUAUUUGGUGUUAUACUUGCA